UUUUGCUUUUGGAGAAUCUGGAAGGUAGUUUUACUGAUGAAUAUAAUAAUUUGGUGGCAUAUGUUAAUGAAUUGAAGUUUAGUAAUCCUGGAAGUGAUGUGGUAGUUAACUUAUCAAAGGAUGCUCUUGUUGAAGGCAAGAGAAGGUUCCUAAGGAUGUACAUAUGCUUUCAUACAAUGAAGAUGGGGUUUAAGAGUGGGUUGAGGCCCUUUAUAGGGUUGGAUUAAACUUUUUUGAAAGGGAAAGUUAAGGGUCAGCUUUUGGUGGUAGUUGGUCACGACUCUGCAAACCACUUUUAUCCAUUAGCUUGGGCUAUUGUGGAUAAAGAAACAAAAGUCACAAGAAAGUGAUUUUUAAAUCAUCUACAAAUGUCACUGGACCUUAAAAUGGGUGAAGAAAUACUUUUAUUUCAGAUAUGCAGAAGGGGAUGAUUGAUUCAAUCUCAGGAGUUCUUCCUGAGGCACACCACAGAUUUUGUGUUAGACACAUAGAAGCAAACUAGUGCAAGAGAUGGGGAUUUGGGGAAUACAAGAAAUAUCUGUGGUGGACAGCUUGGAGUACCUAUGAAGAGGACUUCCAAGAUCAGUUGAAGAGUAUAAGCCAAGUGGAUCAUGAUGGUAAAGCUAUUGUUGAAGAUCUAUUAAAGUAUCCACCUACUUGCUGGAAUAAGGCCUUCUUUGAUACUACCUGCAAGAACCAGUCAAUGGAUAAUAACCUGACUGGGUCCUACAAUGCAUGGAUAUUGCAAUCUAGACACAAAUCAAUUAUAAAGAUGUUAGAAGAGAUCAAAAUCAAGGUUAUGAAUAUGUUGAAUGAUAAUAAAGUUGAAGUGAUGGGGUGGGGAAGUGAAUACAGUCCAAAGACUCUAAAUUUGUAUAACCAAUUUAUGAGGAUUGCACAAAAGUGUCAUGUGAAUGGCAGUGCUGACCAAGGUUAUGAGGUGACAGAAGGUAGUGAUAGGCAUAUUGUCAAUCUGGGGGGGAUGCACUUGUAGGACAUGGGACCUUUGUGGAAUCCCAUUUCCACAUGCAAUCUGUGCCCUACUAUACAAGAAGGUUGAUCCUUUAAGUGAGAUUCACGGGUACCUUUCCAAAGAGGCAUAUCUCCAGACUUAUUCUCAUAAGUUACAACCUGUGAGAGGAAAAAGUUCUGGAAGAUAGAGCCCUCCCAGAAUAUGGAAUCACCUGAAUUUAUAAGGCAGGCUAGCAAACCAAAGUAAAAGAACAAGAGAGGCAAAUGAGUCAACCAAUAGGCAAGAGCAAUGGUCUCAAUCCAGAAAAGGGAGAGUAAUGACAUGUAAUAAUUGUGGAGAACUUGGACAUAAUGUUAAGAGAUGUGCCAAGCACUCUAAAGGAAAACAACCAAUGGGUGGCAAUUCAAGGGGAAAGCAGAAAAAAACAAAGAACUUUGGUUGAUGAACCUGAAGAUGACUUCCAUUUAUCAGCACCCCAAACAAUUCAAAACAGUCAGUCCAGCAAUUUUGUGUUUAUGCCAACCCCUACAGUUCAAAGGCAGCUUCCAACUAGCAAUGAUCCAAAUUUUGAGAUCCCUAACUUUGAACCUGAGCCUGACAUAGCUAUAAAACCAAAGAGCAUCUCAGAAGCAAGGACAAGACUCCAGUUGAGACAGCAAAGUGUACCAACUGCAACCAGGCAAAUUAGAUUUGUUGGUGAUUGUAAGUCAGUCUUCAAAGCUUACUUUUUCAGCAAAAAGCCUAACAUGGCUGGAAAUUUGUCAUCACUGGAAAUCAGUUGAACAAACAAAGGUUGAACAAGUUGAAAGCAAGAAAGGGUAGUGGUAAGGAGCAAAAGUGGUGGGACUUUGCUUCUAGUAUUGAACAUUUGUAAAUUUUUAGAUAUGUUGUAAUUACUGCCAUGCCAGUAAACUUUAUGUUUUGGUUAUGGUUCUUUAGUUGUGACAGUUGGAGGCCAUAAUAUAACUAGGUGUUGACA